GUUAUGCUGGAAUUCACAAAAUAAGACAUGUUUUGACAGGUCAUUGGUUUAAAGUUCAAAAGUGGUUUGCUUAGACGUAAGAAAAAGACGACCAAAAGUCUCGCAUUUAAUUUCGAAUGACUAGUUAUUUAGUUUAACCCUGUAACUGGUUAUUUGUUGCUGUCAAGCAGUAAGUUUAAUUGACAUUAUCUUCCAUGCUUCAGAUUUGCGCAGAUAACACAAAGACUAACAGGAAUACAUAGGCUAUGGACACGUCUGAUGAAGGGAGGAUGUCUCGUUUGAAAGAAUUUUUGCUAACUUUCUUCAUGCCAGAAAAGUGUUAUGACCAGUUUUUCCUUCACUUCAACUUUAUGCACGUUCCCUGUCUGAAGAUUCUCUCAAGUAAAACUAUGGGUAUAUUGAUUUUGGUGGGGAUUGUUAUUGCUCCACUCCCUCAGAUUUGGAAAGUUCUUUGGUCUGGAAGUUCUAAUGGACUGUGUAUAACCUCCAUUUUUCUGGAGCUGUUGGCCAUCUCUACUCAUGCAGCCUUCUGUUACAAUCAAAAUUUUCCCAUUGGUGCCUGGGGGGAAAGUUUGUUUGCAUUGAUCCAGAUUGCUGUCCUGGCUUUGCUUGUCCAGCAUUACCAAGGGAAAACCAUAAAAGGUGUAUGUUUUCUUGCUCUAUACUGUGGCUUUAUGUUCCUGCUUGCCUCACCUUUGACUCCUGUGUCAGUGGUUUUGACCCUGAAUGAGUGGAAUGUGCUGCUGGUUAUUGCUGGCAGGUUUUUCCAGGCAAGAAGUAACUUCAGAUCGGGGCACACCGGACAGUUGUCUGCGCUCUCUGUUUUCCUGGUCUUUCUUGGCUCUCUGGGACGCAUUUUCAGUUCCCUGCAGGUCACAGGCCUUUCUCUCUCAACUCAGUUGCAUGCAGUGGCCUGCUGUUGCAGUGCGGUGAUACUGGCACAGGUCCUGAUGUACUGGAGUAAAAGCAUGAUAAACAGCAAGAAAGAAAGGGAAGUGGAAAAAGACAAGGCUGAAUAAAAGAGAUAUUUUUACUCUCUUGGAUGUACACCUCAGAAUGUGCAUUUGCACUUCUGAAAAAGAGGUUGUAAAUCAUUAAAUGUCUGAUGAAAUGUUUUAAAAAAAUGUAUUUUCUGA